AUGUGGCGGCUCGGGGGCCGGCUGCGGCAGCUCGAGGCCGGGCGGGGCGCUCGGUUCUCCGGCCGCCUCCCUUCGGCCGCCGCGAUGCCGAAGAAGGCGGGCGCGGCGAGCAAGGGCACAGGCCGGAGCGAGGCGCCGGCGCCGCGUCCCCCCGCCGGGCCCGUGGCCGUCGAUGCCGGAGGCCGCGUGACCAUCGCCGUCCACGCCAAGCCGGGCUCCCGGCGCAACGCCGUGACAGAUGUGACAGCUGAGGCCGUGGGCGUGGCCAUCGCAGCCCCGCCAUCCGAGGGAGAGGCUAAUGCUGAGCUCUGCCGCUACCUGUCCAAGGUCUUAGAACUCAGGAAGAGUGAUGUGGUUUUGGAUAAGGGUGGCAAAUCUCGUGAAAAAGUGGUGAAGCUUUUGGCCUCCACAACUCCGGAAGAGAUCUUGGAGAAGUUGCAAAAGCAAGUUGAAAAAGAAUAAAAGCGAGAGAUGAAAAAUACAUCCUGGAGAAGCCGUAUUAUUGCUAAGAAUGAAGAGCUGUUAAACAGGAAGAUAUAUUUAUUUUUUGGGGGGGAGAUAUAUUUAAAUGUACAGAAGAACAUGGGGGAAAUAUGUACAUUUAAAUAAGAAAAGGACUUGUAAAGGUGUUGUACAUUACAUAAAUAUAGGUUCCAAAACCUCUGAGCCCCGAGCGUCUUGGGUGCAUUAGUCGGGCUUCGCCGCACUACAAAGUAACAGAAGCCUGAAGGGGUGCUCACGAACACCUUAUUUCGCCCCUUUGGUUUGGUAAAGAGGCUCCUGGUUUCUGGAAGUUGAGCAAAUCACUCAGGGUCAUGUCUGCAAGAGCCGGUGCCUCCUCAGUGGGUGUUCGCCCUGAUUAUAAAGCGACACCCCUGGCCCUCGCGCUUGUCUUCUCUGCCUUAUAAGUGGCCGUGGAAGACCCGGCACACUGCUGUGGUCGUCUUUAUUUUUCAAAAUGCUCACCUAAAUGCAGAAUUGUUUCCUGCAUCUUUAUAAAACUGUUGAACAGUUUAUGAGAAAAUACAUAACAAUCAAGAUUUGUGAUUUUAUGUUUUCUUUUGAGAAAUGGUAUCCUUGGAUGGGAACUGCAGUCAUCAAACCUGCUAGUUUUCUAGUUUUUAUGAGUCUCCAAAGAGCCUUGAAAGAAGAAGACCUGGAGGCUCUUUUCAGUAUUUGUGAAAGCCUGUCAGGAAUCAUCUACGUUAAAGCUUCAAGGCUAAUAAAUUGUUUUUAAAUAUUCAGUGCAAGUUAUGGUAAUUUGGUAAGGUUAAUGCCUUUGCCUGCCUCAGGAGCUGACUUGCACAGUUGUGUGCUUUGCCUAGUACAUGAAACAUGUGUUGGUAGACAAAACCCACAGGAAGGACCAGCAACAAAAAGAUUCUUGAUGGUAGAAGAGUUGGAACUGGGCCUCCCUGGUGGCGCAAGGGGUUGGGUGCCGCACUAUGGGGCGGUCCGAGGCCUCUGCAGCGUGAUUCUGAUCCCCGUCCAGCCAGGGAGUGGCCCACAUGGCGCGGCGGACCUCUCCUGUCUCACCCGCUGCUCCCCUUGGCAGUGGAUUUCAGUGGACUCGCCUGUUCUGUUCCCCACUCUGUCUCUGGUGAAUCCUCUCACCCCCUGCAUCUCUGGCCUGCCCCGGCUCUUGUACGUAUAAAUAAAUAAAUUUUUAAAAAAAGAGAGUUGAAACCACUCACCUGGUACAGCUGUGCCCUGAAUGGGGUGGUGGCCCUGAGGUCACAUUGUGCCUCCCAGUCAUCUGCUCUCAAGAGCUGUUGUUUGCCCAUGGCCUUGGCUCGGGAGCUUUCCCUGCCCCUUGGCACUGUCCAGCGUGAGCUCCAGGGCAUACUGUGUUCACAGGGACCCCUGGCCCCUGGGUCGCUUUCCCUGACAAGUAGCAGAAACCCAACUCCAUCAGGGAGGGAUUUUUUUUGCUCGCAUCCCUGGAGCCUGGAGGCAGGCUUUACCUGGGGGUGAUUCAGCAGCUCGUGGACAUCACAAAGGACCCCCCUUUUUUUUUUUAAGACAAUGUGACAUUUGUGAAAAUUUCAAAAUAGCUGUUUUAAUCUAGCAAUUCUACUCGUGACACGACAGCUCUACCUGUGAGGAAACACAUGACGAGGAAUGCGGUGCUGUGGGUAGGGGCAGGAGGGGCACAAAGCCCAUGUGCCUAUUUACAGAUGCCAAGUCCAUGCUGUAGGUUAUUGAACUCCAAUCGCUAGUUUCUAACCCGUCCCACUGACCUCAGGUGGGGUCUGCUCUGCCACUCGAACACGUAUAUGUGUGUGUGAAGUACACAUGUUUGGUAAAAUGAGUUUAUGAACAUGACAUUUCUGGACAUCUGUGUGGGUGUGGAAGCAGCGAAGCACAUGGAACAGGCCGGGUGGCUGAGUGAGGCUAUCCGCCCCUUUCACUGCACUUACUCUGCACACUUACUCUGAAGGAGAUGUUUAAAAGAGGAAAGAAAACAAAGGAAAGGAGCUGGGCCUUGGCAAUCACACCAGCGUUACCUCAUUCAGACUUUAGGGAGUUAAAAGCACCAUUUUACAACUGAGGCCAAUUUCCAAACAGCCUGUGCUCGAAAUUUCAGCUUAACUUUUACAUCAACUUUCUUCCAUAUGUGAAGUGUUUAUUUUCUAAGGGUACAACUUCCUCUCCUUUUGCCAAUUCACAUGUUCACAGGACACAGAUCUGUAGCUCUCCCAUCCUGCCCCACCUCAUGUCAGAUGGGUACUAGCCCCAUCGCUACGGUGCACUUAAAUAAGCUCAGUUACAGGCACUUUCUCAAGGCCACACACCUGGUACCAACAGGCCUACACGCAGCGUCCCGCCCAACGCGCGUGCUGUUCCACACGCUGGUGGGAUGAAUUCCACUUUUUUUUUUUUUUUUAAAGAUAGAUUUAUUUAUUUAUACAAGCACUGGGUACAGUCAGAAGCGUGGGAGGGUGAGAGAAUUCACCAGAGCCAGAGCAGGAAGAAGGACCAAAGUCCACUGCUGGGGGGAGCAGCGGGUGGCAGGAGAGGUCUGCGCGCCAUGUGGGACCCUCGCUGGUGGCCGAGGAUCGAACCGGCGCUGCAGAGGCUGCGGGCAGCUUCGCAGCCCAGCACUCAACCACUGCACCAUCAGGGGAGGCCCCCACCUGGCAUUUCUUAAUUAUCCUGAAGAAUAUUUUAUUUUCUAUCUCCCACGUGAAGCGGAAACCACACGUAGUCCUUCCUGCUGGCUUCUCGCGCCCGGGAGGCAGCCUGACCAUGUGUGCUGUUGGCGGAGGGGGCCACGUAGAAAUAGCUGUGUCCGCAGGGGCCUCUAUCGCCUUUUCAAGCAGGGCUGCCACUUAGGCCACGUGUGCCCCAGGUGGUCAAGCACUGCUGGCAGUCACCUUUCCUCUGAGCUGAGAGGCAUCACCUGCUCUGCCUCUGCCCACGUGCCCAAGGGGCGCCCUAAUUAGCAUCAACAGCCGCACGCAGAGGGCCCUGCUGCUGUCCCUGCCGGUCAGGGCCUUCACUCUGUCAGCUGAGAGGCCCCCAGGCAUAGUCAAGCCACCUCGACUCUGGGCUAAAUAUCCCUGCUGUCAAGACUCACCUACACAGCUGCCUGCGGCCAGGGGGUGCGAGAAACACCUGUUGUUAGUGCUGCUUACACAAGUGACAUGACGGUGGGUUGACUAGAGCCUCUAGUCAACAUCAGCAGGCGUCACCUGGCAGGACAGCUGUUCAGGAGGGGGCAGGUCUGGAGCAGGGAGUCAGCCGAGACCGAAGGCGGGUUUAGGAAAAUGCCUUUCAGGUCCUUGACUUGGAUGAAACUGGUCACUCUCUCAUUUUAAUUUUAAUGUAACUUUACUCUUAAUGUUAAGCCAAAGAAUUUCUCUUCAGCUAGCAUGGACAGAAGCUCACCUCAGCACACUAAAGAAUGGACCAACAGCCAAAACCAGAGAAAUUGCUCCAUCUUGUAUUCUAUUUCAUUAAACCCACUGUAAAGAUCCACUAAAAUGAUGUGAAACAGCCAUCACUCUGAGAGGGGGGCAGCGUCGCUGAACUUAGAGGAGAAAGCAGCAGUCUGGAGGUGAGAGAGAGAGAGAGAGAGAGAGAGAGAGAGUGUGUGUGUGUGUGUGUGUGUGUGUGUGUGUGUGUGUG